GCUUAUUGUGUUACAUAAUAGGGGAUGUUCCGUAUGAAAGAUGAUGAUUGGUACACAGUGCCGUUAUUGGCGUAACUACAUCAUGGAACCUUGAGGGUCAACAGAACUGGUCCUUACUCCUGAAUCCUUGGCACGAUAUCUUUACCUAAUUUUCUGGACUCAAUGCUUUUGUUAAAUAGUUAAACAUUUAUAUCUUUUAGCAUCCUAUCAUUUUCCAGUCAACUUACUUUCCCAAUCAGAAGUUAGGUAUUUACACUAUAUCUUAUACUUAUUCUCUCCGUCAAAGUGAGUUAGUUGGGCAGGUCGUUACUCUAAACGAACGUCUUCUUCCAAUAAUACGUCCGAAUAAUACUUAAACAAUGUGUGGCAAUCAUUCUCGACAGUCUCGCGGCGGUGCCCUCGCCGUGCUCAGUCUUCCGUUAAGAACCACUCGAUCCAUGCCUGCAGUAAUGACAGGUCGACUCACAUUUCACGACUGUGGGAAGGGAAGUUCUGUCGCUACUCAUGCUACCUUCGUACCCGACGAAAACAGUGACAAUAGUAGCUUCUCCAAUUUGGAUUCAUGUAUUGUUGGUAUCCAUGAGACUGGAGACCUCACGAGGUCUGCUAUAAUAAGUCCUUUUCUCUACAAAUUCAGCCUAUCACGGACACAAUCGACAUUAAAAGACGACCAGGAACAUUCGAUAGAAGUACCUCUUAGUCAUCCAAUGAAAAUCGAGGUUGGAGGUGAGGGAAUCAUUGGUCGGAGGGUUACUCUGUGGUCGCAACAUGCUAUAGAGCCCAUCGCAGAAGGAAUCAUAGGAUACAAUUGAACAGAUAUACAAGGAAAUUGUAUUAAUGAGUAAUAAACAGGCGUCACGAGUUACGGGAGUUACUUUGGGAAUUUAGGUCUCAUCCUUUUACAACAGCCCAUGAGGAUGGUUGAUUUGCCUCAGCGUUAAGGGCUAAUACUUGAACUCGAGGGGGCCGUAUAUUAGACGUACCCGUGUAAUAUGAAGAUCUUUUUUUUUCUUUUUUUUUUAAAAAAAAAAAAGCCCUUCUAAAGCCUCUAGGUAAUUGAACAACCAUCUCGGUAGGGCUGAGAGGGAAGAGACAAAACAC